AAAGCAUGAGCCAUACUGAUAAUAUUCUUUGUUUGGAUUUUGUGACUCAGGAAUAAACUCGCCCUCAGUAUCAUAAUAAUAAAAAUUGCUUGUCAGAAAAAUAUAUGUAUAUAGUGCCAACAUGUCUCUCGUAACAGAUGCAGAGUGGACCGACUACAAAGCCAAAUUCAACAAGAGCUACGAGGCAGAGGAGGAUCUUAUGCGACGGGAUCUCUACGAGAAGGCGAAGGCGAAAGUGGAGGAGCACAAUCGAAAAUAUGAUAGCGGCGAAGUAACUUGGAAAAUGGCAAUAAAUCAUUUAUCGGAUGACACUCAGGAUGAAUUCGCGAAGCGGUGCGGCAAGAGGACACCUCCAAAAUAAUGUAUGAAUUCCAUGAAUCUCAACGAAAGUGCAUUUCAACAUGGCCCAAAACGGAAUAUUCUCUAUUUUUAUAAAUAUUUGUAUCAGUAUGUUUUUACCCAACAAACAAUAUAUUAAACAAUAAAUCAGCUGUUCUUCAAUGUA